CCCUAGCCCCUACCCACUCUCUUCAAUCUCUCGUUUCUGUAGUCUGAACUCUAGACCCUCUCUCUCUCUCUCUCUCUCUCUCAAGGGAAGCAGUAGGAAGCAGCAAUGUCAGACAAAGAACCGAUGUGGGACUCUCUUCCACCUGGAAUCCUAACCCAUGCUUUCCUGCAACUACCUAUCAAAUCCAUCAUAACUUGUACCUGUGUCUCUAAAAAAUGGAAAUCCCUCAUCCAAAACCCUUCUUUCAUUUCCACCCAUCUCCACCACUCCUCCUCCAACUCCAACAACCACCUCUUUCUCUUCAGGCUUUGUCCAAAUGAAGGUACGAUGUGGGAUAAACGUGAAAGAGAAGUCUACACGUUGUAUUCGGACAACAACAACAACAACGAAGAAGAAGACUUCAACGAACACACCAGGUUUGACUCCCCUUUUCCUGCUCAAAGCGGUAGCGUGAUACUCCGUGUGGUGGGUACUUGUAAUGGCCUGGUUUGCCUCGCCAGAGAUUUACUCUCUUACGAUAACUCUUACAUUCUCUGGAACCCUUGUGUUAGAAAGUUCACCAGAACUUCUAGACCCAUUGUCAGCUACUCCACUCACGGUGGGUUUGAAGAGACUACUGGGUUUGGAUUUGAUUCCAAGACUAACGACUAUAAAGUGGUGAGAGUUGUGAGACUUUUGGAUAGAGAGGACGAGGAUGGGUCUUCGCUCAAGGUCGAGGUUUACUCACUUGCCACUGAUGAGUGGAGAAUGGUUACUACUGGUUUGCCUUCGAGAUGUGUUGUUCGUGGUCGCGAGCCACUGGCUUUUGUGAAUGGUGCUCUGCAUUGGAUUGCUUUCAGGAGAACUAUAACCAACAAUUUGCAAUCCUUUGUUAUGGUGUUCCAUCUGGGGGACGAGGUCAUUCGUGAGAUUGCGCUGCCAGAAUUUUUGAAUGGUUUCGAUGGAGAUCAGUAUUGGGUGCGCAUGUCUAUUUCAGUUUAUAGGAAUUCCCUUGCCUUGUUUCAUCAACAGGAUUUUUCUAGUCCCUGUUUAAAUAUUUGGGUGAUGAAAGAAUAUGCUGAUGAGUCAUCCUGGACCAAACUUGUUACUUUGUCUGAUGGUCAAUGUUCCCGUGAGUACGUACCAAGGGCAUUGGGUUUUAGAAGAAGUGGUGAGGUUAUAAUUGAAAUGCAUGAUGGGGCGCUCAUCUCACUACACUUUGAGAGCCAGAAGCUUAAAGUGCUUGGGAUUACUGGAUAUGGGUAUAUUUUCGAUCAUAGUAUCAAUGGAAAUGGGUAUACCUUUUUUGAUUCUUAUGUUGAGAGUCUAGUUUUGCUGGAUGAACCCAAUCGUGCAGUUACUUACUAGGAAAGAAGAGAGAGGAACAACAACAGGACCUCAUGCAAUCAUGGUUGUCGAUGAGCUGUAAAUAAGUUAGAGAUUUCAACUCAGCAAAGAAAUGAUUUAAUAAAGCUUUUUGAUGGUGUUUUGUUUCUCAAUAUUGUCAUUAGAGUAUGGUAAGAACAAAGAUGGAUUUUAGUUGUUAUAACGUUACAGGAGUUUAUUAUGUUAAACUCAUUUGUGGAUAUGCUAUUUUUAUGUUUAAUUGCAA